AUGUCCUUCGGACGCUUCUACGACGACUUGUUCGAGCUGCAGCUGACCCUGACUCGAGCUGAGGAGAUGAUGAGUCAAAGAGCCAUGGAGGAAUUGUUCGUUGAUAUCUGCGCGCAAUGCUUCUACUUCUCAAGGGCGGUAUCCGAUCACUUUCUCUGGGUAGAACUCGAAGACUGCCUCUGCUCGGCAGAGAUCGUGAGGGGGUAUGUCCUAAGAUUUCCACGGAAAGAAUCGAAGCAAGAGGCGCUGAGCUUCUUGUUGGUCAACUACGACCAAGUACAAGCGAAUAUGAUGUCGGAUGGCUAUGAUUGUAAAUUAUUGCGAUGCUUCUUGAAGGAUAUGAGAAGGGCCCUCCUACUUCCAGGGAUGAAGCCUGAACACGAUUAUUAUCAUGGCAAUUUCCCAACAACUGCCAAGACUUCAUCUCUAAUCCUGCCAUCUUGGGAUAUGGUCACGACUUGGGAAAGACCACCGUCUAGCUCGGCACCAGCAGAGCUGAACGUGCGCUUUACGGACAACAAUCUGAACAUGACUCCGACAGCAAGCAAGAGGUUGCACUAUGACGUUACAAUGUCGCCAAACGAUCACUCUGCGAAGUUGAGCCCGAAGAGAGACAACAACACUUUGAUAGAUCAGAUCUCACUGAGCGAGUCCAGUGAGGUCGACUUGACUAUCAGCUCUGUUCCGAGCAGCGCAGAGAGGGACUCGGGGAACACGUUUCCUGGUGGAUCAUCACAGCUGUUGAGACUGAUCAAAUCACUGCAGAGCGCGAGCGAGAGAAAUAGCUCUGAGCCAGAUCGCACCGAGACAUUGGUCGGCAGACAGGAGAUGGACGCAGCGGCACUCAAGCCUGCACAGCUGCUGGGCACGGUGGCGGAGAUGCAGACUUCGAUGAAGCAUACUGCUUGCCCGUACGAGUUGAUGUAG